AUGAAUUAUCAGAUUAAUUAGAUAAAAUAGGAGAGAAAAAGGAAUAAUUUACUGAGAGAAAAUGAAAAGUUAAAAAAUGAAUAAAGAGCUACCAGACGUAGUGUUGCUGCCCAUAACAUGACAAGUAAUAAUAUCAAGACAGGCAGUACAUACCGAAAUCCAAUCAAUAACAUAUCAACUAUUGGACUUUAAAAAUUAAGUCCAACCCAUUCUAAUAACACUUCUACAUCUUCUGCCAACAUAUCAGUCCUAAAAAAGAAUAAUUUAGCUGAUAUAACCAAUUAUGAGAAGACCGCUCCUUUGACUUAGCAAUCAUUCCAAAAUAGCAAAUAUUACUUUUAUGGAAACUAAUAAGGGCAGAACGAUGAUUCAAUGAUUGGAUAGAGUGAUUUUCAAAAAUGA